AUGAAGCUGUGCAGAUUUACAAACUAUUUGUGGCUGUUGCUGCUGCUGAUGCUGAUGCUGCAGGUAAGAGAACUAAGACAGCCCAGCAGGUGUAUUGAGCUGAGCACAGACUAUGCCAUAGUGAGCAAAGCGGCAGCGGUGGCAACAACAACCGCCUCCCCAACAGCAGCACCAGCCGCAGCGACGCCAGUGCGCAGCUUUAAGGGACGGGUGCAGACAACAACGCCGCGCAACUCGAGCAGCAAGCGAACGAGUCGCCCCUUGGCGUCCAGUGCCUCUGAUGAGCCGCAACAGGAGCUAGUAGCACUCUCCUCCAAAUCGUAUAUCUCGGGACCCACCACCCAGCCCUCCAAGCUGGCCAAGCGUGCCGGUUUGUCGCUGCAAAAGAAGUUUGCCAAGGAUGUGCGCAAUCGCAGCAGCAAUGCCGUUGAACGCAACAGGCUGCAGCACGAUGUGCCCGAUCACGUGCCCGAUUCCUCUGGCUAUGUGCCACAGCGUAUUGGCCACCCCGUACACUUGGACUAUGGUUCCACUGGCGUAGAUUCGAGUGGUGCACCAACAGGCAGUGCUGGCUACCAUGCGGUGCCCUUCGAUGGCAACAAGUGGCAUGAGGAGUACUGGGAGCAAGACUACAAUGGACACCAAUACACCCACAACAGUACCAGAGUGCAGCAUAUUGAGGCAGAGUGCCAGGAUGAUUAUAUGAAGAUUCGAAUUGGUUUCAAUGGCUCGUUUAGCGGUCUUCUCUACUCUGCCGGCUAUGCCUACGAUCCCGACUGCAUGUAUAUCAAUGGUUCUGGUCGGGAUUACUAUGAGUUCUAUAUACAAUUGAAUCGCUGUGGCACAUUGGGCAAGAAUUCGCUGCAGGAGGAGAGUCGCAAGAAUCCCACAAACUUUAUGUGGAAUACGGUGACAGUGCAGUAUAAUCCACUAAUUGAGGAGGAAUACGAUGAGCAUUUCAAAGUCACCUGCGAAUAUGGCUAUGAUUUCUGGAAGACGGUCACAUUUCCCUUUCUCGAUGUGGAAGUGGCAACUGGCAAUCCUGUGGUCUUCACGCUAAGUCCACCCGAGUGCUAUAUGGAAAUCCAGAAUGGUUAUGGCAUCGGUGGACCGCGCGUAACUGGACCAGUGCGUGUCGGUGAUCCCCUAACACUGAUUAUCUACAUGAGAAGCAAAUAUGAUGGCUUUGAUAUUGUUGUGAAUGAUUGCUAUGCGCACAAUGGCGCCAAUAAGCGCAUACAGCUGAUUGACCAGCAGGGUUGUCCAGUGGAUGAUAAGCUCAUCUCACGCUUCAGGGGCUCCUGGUCGGAUUCGGGUGUGUAUGAGACACAGGUGUAUGCCUAUAUGAAAACAUUUCGCUUCACUGGCUCCCCGGCGCUGUAUAUUGAGUGCGAUGUGCGCAUGUGCCAUGGACGCUGUCCGAGUCAGCCCUGCCACUGGCGCAAUCUGAAGGCGGUAACUAAGCGCGACACCUCUAAUAUGACGGCCACAAAUCUAUCGUUGCCACCGCUAGCAGAUGCUGUAGACACGGCCACGGAGAGUCCAGCGUUGUCGGAGAAUGUGAAUCUGUUUCAAUCGCUGCGUGUGCUGCAGGAGGGCGAAUCCGAUGGCGAUGAUGUCUAUGCCCAUCGGCAGUCCAAACAGCAGCUGCCACAUCAGACCUGCCUCAAAACAUCCACAUUCUCGGCGUUGACAGCCAGUUGCUCGGCAUUGCUCUGUGUGCUGACUGUGACCCUGUUUAUUGCCUGUUCCCGGCUGAAGAGACGCAAGCAGUCAACGCUCUAUGAUUCCUAUAUAGCGCACAAGGGGCAAAUCGAUUGA